AUGUCUGCCGGUCCAGCCAGCAGCGGCGGCUGGCAGCGCGAGCGCGAGGUGGCCGAGGCGGCGGUGGUGGCGGCCGCCCGGCUCACAAAGGGCGUGCUGCGCGCCGUCAGCGAGGUGUCCAAACAGGACGCGUCGCCCGUGACCGUGGCCGACUUUGCGGCGCAGGCGCUCCUCAUCGCCGCCCUGCGCGCCGCGUUCCCGGGGGACGCGUUUGUCGGCGAGGAGGACUCGGGGCUGCUCCGUCGUGACGCCGCCCUGCGGGAUCGCGUCUACGAGCUCUUCUCCGCGGCCGCGGCGUCGGCGGUGUCGGUGGACGAGAUGCUCGGCCUCAUCGACCUUGGCGGGCGCGGCGCCGGUGGGCCCGACGGCCGCUUCUGGGUCAUGGAUCCCGUCGACGGCACCGCCGCGUUCCUCCGGGGCGAGCAGUACGCCGUCUCGCUCGCCCUCGUCCAGGACGGCCACGAGGUCGUCGGCGUGCUGGCGUGUCCCAAUCUGAAGCUGGAUCCCGACGGCCGCGUCAGCGAGUCGAGCGUCGACUCGCACGGCCUCGGCAUCAUGCUCUCGGCGGCCCGGGGCCACGGCGUCAACCUCUUCGCCCUGCCCUCCUCGCCCGACAGCUCCUCCCCGCCGGCGCCGGUCCCCCGCCGACUACAGCGCCUCGAGCCGCCCCGGGGUCUCGGCCACGUCCACGUCGUCGACUGCCACCUGAACCCGCCGUCGAGCCGCGCCGUCAUGCAGCAGCUCGCGGCGCGGCUCGGCGCCCCGUUUCCCGGCACCGACGUGUGGUCCUCGCACGUGCGGUACGCGGCCCUCGUCGUCGGCGGCGGGCACGCGCUGGUGCGCAUCCCGGCAGGGUCCAGGGGCAGGUCGUGCAUCUGGGACCACGCCGGCGCGCAGCUCAUCUACGCAGAGGUCGGCGGCAGGGCCACGGACCUCGACGGCCGGGCCAUUGACUUUGGCGCCGGCCGCUAUCUGAGCCGGAACCGCGGCCUCGUCGUUGCUCAUGCAGAUAUUCACGAUAAGAUCCUGUCACUGGCCCAGGAACUGACCAGGAAAGAAGAGGAGCCGGACGGGGACGGGUCCGCUCAAGGCCACUUAUAG